AUGCUCGCUCCCGUGCAGAGAGCUGUAACACAUUCUGAUGGGAAACCAAAUCCGACACAGCAGUUGCUGAUGAUGAAUGUGUAAGAUAGGGACGCUUUCUCUCGCUCGCCUCACACACUGCCGGUAGGAUCAGCAGCUGCAUGUGUGCCUUACACUGACAGCAACAUUGGCUCUAUCCUCCCAUUUCUCUGUACUCCCUCACCAGCUCAUCAGUGAGGAUUCUCACACUUUUUUUGUGAAUCCGCUUCCCAACUCAUCCUCUUCCUCCAGCCCCCCUCCCCCUUUGCUCUUCCACUCAGGCUCCUUCCCUCCUCCUAUUCCACUCUCUUUUCUCCCUGGCUACCAGCAUCAGCGGGAGAGUGCAGGUACUGUACCUUGCCUUCUUAGAAAAAAAAAACCCAAAACACUUUAUUUUCUAUUGGGGCACAGUCAAAAAAAAAAAAGCUAAAUAAGGGAAAUAAACCAAAAAGAUGUACCCUACUGGAUCUAGAGAACAAUAAAGGUGGGGAGAAGCCUAUCAUGCCUGUGUUUAAGAGGCUGAUACCCAUGUGUUCUCUUUUCUCUUUCAGUUUAUAGUUUGCUUGCCUUUGGAAUAAAACACAUUUUCAUAAUCUAUCUGGGAGGAAAAGAAGAGAAGAAAAAAAGACUCCUCUGGGUUUCCGAAACCAAGGAACUGGCUGCCCUA